UCCUAUCUGACCUCAGAUAUGAAAUGGUAUUAACGGUAUUAAUGCAUUUAUCCCAUAUGCAUGCAUUUAUGCAUUAUUACAGGUGUAAAGUGGCCCCACCGCCUGACCGGUCACCGUCAUCUCCGGGGUCUCGGUCUCCUGCGCGCGUGUCUCUUGCCUCGUGCUUCCCUGGAAAGCUUCCAGUCGUUUCCGUCAUCCAACAAUCCCAGAUAUUACUUACUAAAGUAUUACUUACUAUUCUAAUCUAAUCUAAUCUAACAAACUUCUCACCUUCAGACCCCUGGCGUAUACAGAAGCUUCUCGCCCUUCAAUGUUUGCAAUAUUGUUUUUAUUUUCCUGUCAAUCGGCACGAGUAGUUCAUCAGAUCUAAAGGGUAUGGCGCCACCCGCCGAGAUUACCAUUCCAACAACGUCGCUUCACCCUCCAGACGACAAUUCGAAACCCUACACGCUCUAUAAUAUCACUUUACGCCUUCCCCUACGCACAUUUGUCGUACAGAAGCGUUAUUCCGACUUCGCUACAUUACAUCAAUCCCUCACCUCCUUAGUUGGCGCGCCGCCUCCCGCCCCCUUACCAGGGAAGUCAUGGUUUAAAUCUACAGUCACAUCGCCCGAACUUACCGAAGACCGUCGCCGCGGCCUCGAGGCUUACCUUCGCGCUAUCGCAGAAUCCCCCGACCGAAGAUGGCGCGACACUGCCGCGUGGCGCACUUUCCUAAACCUCCCGAGUCUGAGUAGUACCGGUAACAGCGCCGCCAGCAUAAGAGCUGGCUAUGGCGUCCCUAACCGGGAUGCUGCGAACGCCGCCGCCGCGCAAGACCCGGGGACCUGGUUGGACCUACAUGGAGAAAUGAAGAGAGAUUUCCAAGAAGCACGGCGGUGUCUAGCAAAGAGGGACAGCGCCGCGGAUAAUUCUGCGGCGCUCGAAGCCGGAUCAGCUGCCAAGAAAGCGCUGGUCAAGGCCGGUAGCUUGCUUACCGUGCUUGGGGACGGUCUGAGGUCGAUGCAGGAGUCGAAGAGGUUAGGCGAAGGCGAAAUCAGACGGCGGAAAGACUUGCUCGCUGCUGCACGGGUCGAAAGGGAGGAUCUGGACAAGCUGAGCACGGCUGUAUCCGCGGCCGCGAAAGCGUCGCAGAGGGCCAUGCCUUCGGCAGCCGACAAAGCUGCGUUACUCGGGAGCGCUCCCAAAGGACGCGGCAGGGUCCUCGGCGCCCCGCUACCCGAGACGGAGCGCACCCGGGAAUUAGACAACCGAGGCGUCGUGCAAUUACAGAGGCAGAUGAUGAAGGAGCAGGACGAAGAUGUAGAAGCGCUAGGUAAAAUCAUCCGCAAACAGCGGGAGAUGGCCGUAGCCAUCAACCGCGAAGUCGAAGAGCAGACAGAAAUGCUGGAUCACGUCAAUAGCCAAACGGACGUCCUGAGUGGCAAGGUUAAAGUCGCUAAGAACCGUACUAAGAAACUCUCGUGAUUCGACCUAAGUCGUUAGAUCGGCAGCUA